AUUGCAUAGACUUAGGCUUCUACUCACGUCUAACGACUCAUCUCUGAUCGCAUGCUGUUUUCAAUGCAGUCCAGUCUUUGUUGCUGCGAACAAACUCAUUCGUUGCUGAGUACACCUCCAUCGUGUGACCAAUUCCAUCAUGCUGUAGCUGACCACCAGGCCGUUUUGUAUCCUACUUGUCUUGCUAAUGUGUCAUCUAUAUCCUCAGUUCCGACAAUGAACCGCUUCCCAAAUCGCCUCAGCGCCUAGACGAUAAGUCGGCAAAACCAGAGGAUGGUGAAAUCAGUGACCACACCCCAUCUCCGUCAGAAGCAGGAAUCUCCAAACCAGCCGACCCUCCAUUGCCUACAGAUGAAGUACCUCCCCCACUCCCUGAAGAGCCACCGCCUGGUGCGCCUGGGGACGAUGGGUGGGAACCUGUCUGGGAUGAUUCAGCGCAGGCCUUUUAUUUCUUCAACCGAUUUACCAAUGUCACACAAUGGGAAAAUCCAAGAGUGCCCGAGGCUAAGUCGACAGGCCCACCGGGAGUAGGCAACCAUGACAGAAUGGCAGGGGCAAUAGAACCACCGCCAGCAAGGUCUGUUGGUGGAUACAAUCCAGCUAUACAUGGCGACUAUGAUCCAAAUGCCGAUUAUGCGAAAGUACACGAAACAACAUCAGCUACAACAGCUCCUGGUUCUGGAGCGCCCGGCACAGACCCUGCUGAAGCAUAUGCAGCCACCGGGCACUUUAAUCGGUUUACUGGCAAGUGGCAAAAUGCGGAUCUCAACAACCCAGAAAAACACAGUGAUGAACAAAAGAGUCGAAGACAGAUGAAUGCAUUUUUCGAUGUGGACGCGGCUGCAAACAGUCACGACGGGAGAAGUCUUCGAGCUGAACGAGCCAGCAAGAAGCUCAGCAAGGCCGAGCUCAAGGCGUUCAAGGAGAAACGAAGAGAAAAGAAAGAAGAGAAGAGACGAGCCUGGUUAAGAGACUGAGCAAGGAAUGAAUGAAUUUGGAUAGUCCGGAGUGUGGUUUGCGACGCUCGCUUGCUUUACUUUGGUAGAUUAUCUCAACACCAUUAUCUGGCCUGUACACAAUAUUUGUAGCGAUUGGAAAUGAAUUUCAUGAUACAUUGACUCGACUA